AGAUGGAUAAAUAAACCAACAAAAAAAACGUGUUUGGAAAUACUUGAGUCCCUCUUCAAAAUGAGUUCUCGGAGAAAACGGGCAACGAAAACGAGAAGCGCGAGGGUGCCAAGCGAAACAAGACGUCGCAUAGCACGUCAGUCGGUUCCGCGUCGCUGUAGUGGAUGUGCGGGUCAGUGUAGUGCCAGACAGUGCCUCGCGUGUAGAGCAUUUCGACGGACGGGCGUUUGAAUAGUGUGCUUGCCGAUUUUCUUCGUUAUUUUUUUUUUUUUUAUAUUUUUAUUUUUGUUUUUGAUUCGUAUGUCUGCGAUGCUCAGAUUCCCGUGGAAGCGCACUUCUCUGUGAAACCCAGCGACCUGCAACGAACUUAUACAAUGUCAAGAAGCAAAGGAUGAGAAGGGAGUCGCAAUAACACAGAAUACACUAUGAGACUAAGGGUCAGACUCAAAUCGCUGGCAUUUCUGGGCCUCGCCAGCUUGUGUGGUGUAAUCUACACCUUUACCGGGAGUCACGUGGGUAGUUGGAUAUGGGAAAGUGAGAAACCCAGGAGAGUAGCGAGGUUAUCAGCUGAGGACCUCCAUAACCUGCGCGGUUACCCCUGGCAGGCACCAGCACCAGCGACAGUCGGCAGCAGCACUUCGAAACUGUCUCUGAACGACACCUUAGCCCACCUUCCGAAGGGCAAAACCAACCCUCCUUGUGAUAGAACGUGCCAGUUCAGACGCCUAAGGGAACAGACGUUGGUGGCAGACUCGCAGAUACACAGCAAAUACUUACUUAAAAAUAAUAAUGUUUCGAAAGCAAGAGUGACGCCUCAUAUGGUGGGACUCGCCAGAGUUCGCGAGUCGCUGAAGGACUGUGACAGAGCGUGUCGUAUUGCCAAGCUGAAAAGCACGAGGUUAAUGAGAGGUGGUUAUUCAUCGAGGGUUAGGGUAGAGAAUGUAACCUUACCUAAUUCGUGGACAGUGACAAGGGAACUUGUAGACCGCCUGUCUGCCCGGCGAACCCAUGUUAAAGAGGUAUGUAAAAAAUAUGGAUUGGAUAGACCAUCAGAAAAUUACCAGCCAAACGCAUGGGAAUUCCUUGUUAACGAAGAAUAUGGGCUGGUUUGGUGCAAUGUUUUCAAGGCUGCUUCGUCCACGUGGUUCUACAACUUCAAUCUCCUGGCUGGAUUCUCAGAGUCCGAACUCCUUCACGCAAAAGAUACUCCAAUUCAGCUGGCAAGGAAGAAAUACCCAAGACCAACAGUGGAUGAGUUACAUAAAGCCAUGAAUACCACCCCACAACCACUGUCAUUUAUGAUAGUGCGGCAUCCUCUGCAACGACUUGUUUCUGGUUACAGAGACAAGAUCCUUUCAGGAAGUCGCUUCUACAGCAAACUCGCACGUACCAUAAUCAAGCAGUAUCCUGAGCUGGGUCCAGGCGAGACACGAGAACGACCCAAAUCCUGGGGUGUCUUUGGGAAAACUGUGCCACGUGCCAUUGUCCCUUCCUUUCCGCAGUUUGUACAGUUCCUGCUAGAUGAAGCAGCCAGGGGCCAAAAACUUGACGAGCACUGGACUCCCAUGAGCCAGUUUUGCACACCUUGUCUUGUUAAUUUUGAUGUAUUUGCUAAGGUAGAGACUUUAGAAGAGGAUGGAAAUUACAUUAUAUUUUCUGCAGGUAUAGAGGAUGUGAUAAAACCAAAACGAAUCAACCGCUCAAGGAAUGAGCCAACUGAUGCUGUUGCAGACAAAUUUUUAUGCCAGCUUUCGCAACGACAGAUGAAAGGUCUUCUUCAGUUAUAUAAGUAUGAUUUAGAACUAUUUCAAUAUGAUGCAUCAAAGUAUGUGAACUGUACCGUGACUUAAGAAAACAAGUCUGAAUAAGCGUGUAUGUCUAUAAUAAUUUUGGGU